AUGGCUUCUAAUUCAUCUUCGGCUUCUCUGCUAAAUCAUACCAGCUGCUAUGAUGUUUUUCUAAGCUUUACAGGUGAAGAUACGCGUAAUUCUUUUACAGAUCAUCUGUAUACAGCUUUAGUGCGAGCAGGACUUUUCACUUUUAGGGACAAUGAUGAAAUCGACAGAGGUCAACAACUUAUGCCAGAAAUUGAGAGAGCUAUCAAAGAAUCCAAAGCUUCUAUAGUUGUCUUGUCUGAGAAAUAUGCAAAUUCCAGAUGGUGUCUUGACGAGCUGUUGUUGAUCCUUGAGCAAAGGCGGAGCUUUAAUCAUUUUGUUUUACCGGUUUUUUACCAUGUUGAUCCCUCAGAUGUCAGGAACCAAAGACAAAGUUUUGCAAUAAAUGUAGAAGGAGUAGAAGGUUCAAAAUGGACAGAGUAUAAUGUCAAUCGAUGGAAGGAAGCCCUUACUGAGGUUGCUGAUUUGACUGGCAUGGUUGUUUCCGGGUCUGAAACAGACUUUAUCGCAGAAAUUGUUGGCACAAUCGACUCUAAACUAAAUUCAAAGUCAGUGAAAUAA